CCACUGCUUCCAGAGUUCUGAAAUUAAAGGGGAUUUUCCCAUGUAAGAUGGAGAUAGAUGGCCAGUUUGUCCUUGGAGAGCUCCUGUCCUAUCCCAUGCCCGGUGGAGUUUUCUCUUGCACUCCAGGUGCUCGUGCCAGCUUCAUCCCUUACAUCUGCAUUCCAGACGGAGGAGGAAGGGCGGAAGAACAGUUCUGAGAAGUCCCGAGUGAUCGUUCUCCUCCUCACGUCCUAUUGAUCAGAACGUAGUCGUGUUACCAUGCCUAGGUGCAGGGAAGACUGGGAAAUCAUGUCACAAUGACGACUCCUCACUCAGGAUGAAAGGGUGGGAUGCUAUGGAAUAUGAUGAGAAGUUGGCUCGGUUCCGGCAGGCCCACCUCAACCCUUUCAACAAGCCACUUGGACCAAGGCAACAUGAACAGGAACCCAGUGGGAAGGCCCAAGAAGUCACUUCUGAAGAGACUCUGCCUGAGCUGCCCGCUGGGGAGCCUGAGUUCCACUACUCUGAGCGCGUGAUGGAUCUUGGCCUGUCUGAAGACCACUUUUCCCGCCCUGUGGGUCUUUUCCUGGCCUCUGAUGUCCAGCAGCUGCGGCAGGCAAUUGAAGAGUGCAAGCAGGUGAUUCUGGAGCUGCCGGAACAGUCAGAGAAGCAGAAAGAUGCUGUGGUGAGGCUGAUCCACCUCCGGCUGAAGCUGCAGGAACUGAAGGAUCCCAAUGAGGAAGAACCCAAUAUCCGGGUUCUCCUAGAGCACCGCUUCUACAAGGAGAAGAGCAAGAGCGUCAAGCAAACCUGUGAUAAGUGCAAUACCAUUAUCUGGGGCCUCAUUCAGACCUGGUACACCUGUACAGGGUGUUAUUACCGCUGUCACAGCAAGUGCCUGAACCUCAUCUCCAAACCCUGUGUCAGCUCCAAGGUUAGUCACCAGGCUGAGUAUGAGCUGAACAUCUGCCCUGAGACGGGGCUGGACAGCCAGGACUACCGCUGUGCCGAGUGCCGUGCUCCCAUCUCCCUGCGAGGUGUGCCUAGUGAGGCCCGGCAGUGUGACUACACCGGCCAGUACUACUGCAGUCACUGCCACUGGAACGACCUGGCCGUCAUCCCCGCGCGAGUGGUACACAACUGGGACUUCGAGCCGCGCAAGGUGUCCCGCUGCAGCAUGCGCUACCUGACCCUGAUGGUGUCUCGGCCAGUGCUCCGGCUCCGGGAGAUUAACCCUCUGCUGUUUAACUACGUGGAAGAGCUGGUGGAGAUCCGGAAGCUGCGCCAGGACAUCCUGCUCAUGAAGCCUUACUUCAUCACCUGCAAGGAGGCCAUGGAGGCGCGGCUGCUGCUGCAGCUCCAGGACCGGCAGCAUUUUGUGGAGAACGAUGAGAUGUAUUCUAUCCAGGACCUCUUGGAGGUGCACAUGGGCCGCCUCAGCUGCUCCCUCACGGAGAUCCACACGCUCUUUGCCAAGCACAUCAAGCUGGACUGUGAGCGGUGCCAAGCCAAGGGGUUUGUGUGCGAACUCUGCAAAGAAGGCGACGUGCUGUUCCCCUUUGACAGCCAUACAUCUGUGUGCACCGACUGUUCAGCUGUCUUCCACAGGGACUGCUAUUACGACAACUCAACCACGUGCCCCAAGUGUGCCCGGCUUAACUUGAGGAAGCAGUCACAUUUCCAGGAACCUGGUCUGGAUGUGGAUGCCUAGAACGUUGGAGGAGACACCAGGCACCGUAUCUUCCCUUCUGGCUGUCACCCUGCUGGCAUCGCCAUCCAGGUGUUCAUUCUGCUCUGGAGACCCCCCCGAGAACGUUCUCUGGGCCCCUUCAUCUCUUCUGGGCCAGAAGGAAGUGACUGGUAGCUACCAGGACUGCCAUUCCCCAGGUGCUUGCUGAGAUUUGGAGUUCUUAUAAAUGGCUGUUUAUUGGGUGUGCUGCUACAAGGGGUCAGAAUGCUGCUUCUGCCCUACUGUAGGACUCCCUAGUUAGGGGAGCCUGGGUGUGACUCCCCAGGAAAGGGUGGAGUCACUCUCCUAUGACACAGAGCCCUCCAGUCCUUUACAACCAGUCCUGGUCCUUGGAGAGGGCCCCGCUCCUGUCUACACCAUCCUGACAACUGGUCAGACACAUAGAGGCCUGACCAGUGAGACCAGAGUGGGCCUCCUGACGGAAUUUUAUCUCUGCUGUAGAUAAUUUAGGUUCUAGUUAGAGGCUCCUAUCCCUCUUAGCACCUUGUCUCCUUAGGGCUUCAGGUUUUCUCUGGCUGGGGCUGUUCACAGUGGUGUCCCAUGGACUGUCUCAGCAUCCUGAGAGUCAUCCUCCUCCUCCUUAGUCGGUUGGUCCUGUGUGUUUCCCUGCCCUUUUUGUACAAUAGGGAGGGAAGGGGUUUGUGGAGCUUUUCUUGGCAGAUACACCUGCUCCUGCCAUAGCCUAGUCCACGUUAUCCUGGUGCUCUGAGCUGGGCAGUUAGGGACUCAUUUAAGGAAGAUAUCUCAGCCUCAAGUUACAUAGGUGGGGCUAUUUCCCUGGAACAGGUUCAAGGUCAGGUUAGCUGGUCCAUUACUGUUGGCCAGUGUGGCAUUUGGGGGACCAAAUUUUCCCACAGAAGUCUGCUCUGUUGCUGCAGUGCUCUGGUUAAAGAUGACCAGUUACUGAGUGAUUCAGGAGCCUGAGGCCAAGAGCUACGAAUCUUUGCUUAAGAAAGACACAGGCAGGAGGUCGGUGGCCGCGCAGGAAAGUCUAGGCUUUGAGGGCAGGCAUAACCUAGAACUUUCCGGUGAGGCGCAUUCCACCUCCAGGCACACACCCCAUAAAGCCUAUGGCUGAAGAUGUGUGGAGUCAGGGGAUCUCCGAAUCUGACUUCUGUCCUUUUUCCCUGGGAAGCAGGAACUGCUUCCGUCUGCCCCUUUACUCCGUGCCUGUGAAUUGCUGUGGACAGACACAGGUGGCGGCCAGAGGCCAAGGAGUGUCACAACUGGGAUUUCCCUCACUUCUAAUGAGGCACAAGAAGGGACGCCUCAGCUCGCAAGAUGAAGCUUAGUUUGCUGGUUUGUUUGAGGGGUGGACAGACAUACCGCCACCUCCCCCUUGCUCCUCUGUACCAUCAGGUAGCUUUACUCUUGCUAUCUUUUCUGUUUCAAUUUUCCCAUCUGGAAAGUGGGGAAAGUGGAGUUGACCUACCUCAGGGUGGAAGAGUAAGGAGGCCUUGAAUGUGAUGUGGGUCAGCAGCAGGGUGCCUGCCCUGCUUCCUCUUUGGUGUCAAAGAGGGUCUUAAAACCAAAUGCCAUUUUCCUAUACCCCGAAUCUUUGUGUUUCUUACCAUUGUAUCACAUUUCUGUCCUGUGGCUAUUGGCCAUUCCUGAGCCUCAUGUAAUCAGCAUCACGUUCCCAGCUAUAAAUCAUAGUGUCGAAAGAAAA